CUGCUACUGGUGUGCUCAGUGUUUUAAUUCUCAUAUUCUGGAUUAUUUUUAAGGAGCUUGGGGAAUGGAAUGAUGACAAUAAGUAAUUUACAAUUCUUGAUGUUACCCAAGGUCAAAAAUGCAUUUAGAGAGUGGCUUUUCCCCUAAGUGACUUGGACUGGAUAUCACAGAAUUAAAUAUAAAAUCUGAAAAAUUUCUAAUGUGAGUUUGCCUGGGAUGGUGUCCUGUAUCAGCAGAAGAGCAAAUGCUGCUCUGACUUGCUGAUGUCAGAUGGAAGAUCUCCAAAUGCUCAUUCCCUCCCAUCUGGGCUUUCCUUCAUCUUGUUCAUUUUGGUUUCCACUGAGUCUAACACUUGCUAGGAAAACAAAAUAAUGCCACAUAGGGCUUCUGCUGCUUGUUUGUGCUGCACAGACUGUCCAAAGCUGGAAUUUUCAAGUAAUUUUUAAUAAGAGAUGCAUGUUAUUAAUGUUCUUGACCCUUAAUGGCAUCUCUGCAGUAGCUGGAGCAGCUGGUGACUGCUGUAAAACUCUAUAAAAUGGUCAUGACAGAUCCUCUUGCAAAACCCUCCACAGCUCCUGAAAAAUGCUGCCCUUGUCAGAAACAUCAGGGUGGAGCAGGGAACAAAAAGGCUGAGCAGGUUAAUGAUUAAAACUGGAAGAAAAUGUUUGCACAGAUGUGACUGGCAGUAGCUCUGCCUCUCAUUUCCUGCCCCUCGAGUCUGUCCUCACAAGCAGCCCAGCUCAGGCUCACAGCACCCCAAAAUUCUCUUUUCAGGGAGAUCAGCCAGAACCAGGCAGGGCUCCUGCUCCCCAAAUCUGAGAGGAAAGGCCACCCUGGGGUUCAGGGGGUCAAGGCUGCCAUCCUGCUCACAGGCAGGGUGGAGUGGAGCUGCUCACAGCUCCUGCAGUCCCUGCACCUUUCCUGGGCAGCAGGGCUCUGCCUCUCUUGCUGCUGCUUGUCCCAGUUUUUCCUCUCUGGACAGCUGCCACAACAUUCUAAAUAGGCCUUGCUGCUGGGUGCUGUGUUCUGCUAAACCCCACAGCUCUGGGGGCUUUCAGAUAUAGCUGCUUUCCAAGUUCAAAGUCCUGCUUGCUGCCAAACUCAUUUCCCUUCCUUAGCAAAAGGAUUUCUGUUCCUGUGGUUGAUCAGAGGUCAAGCAAGAGUCCUCAAAUGCACCUUCACCCAGAUUUGAUGUGGCUUUGCCUAUUUCCACCCUCAGAGUGAAUUCAGUUAAACAGUUCCUUGCAGUUUGUGUUGAGAACCAAGCUGGUGCUGUCCCAGGCAGGAGGGAAUGGCAGGAUCCAGUCCUCAUUCCAGGUUCUUACACUAAAAGACCAUCAAAGCAGCUGCCUCUGGGCUGUCACAGCUUAGCUCAGGCAUUUGGCAAGAUGUGAACAACAUUUCCUGGCACAGGCUUUGGAGCAGAGCAGGAAUUUGUCAGGCAGAGCUGGAUGUGUGCUCAGCCCCUCCAAGCAGAGGGAUCCCCAGUGCCAAACCCAACCAGCCUGGGCACAGCCCCUCUCCCCACGCAGCUCCUGGGAGCUGAUUCAUGGGCAGGAGCUGUGCAGUGCUCCUGGCAUUUCACACAAGGUCUGAGGCAAAUGUAACACCCAGCAGACCUGUUUUUAAAGAUAAUUUAUGAACAGGAGGAGCUUACCUUCAGUUUGUAGAUGUAUUUUAAUGCCACAGUCUUUGGAUUAAAAUGUCUAUGUUAGAGUAGCCAAAGUUAUUUUGGUUUUACUUCCAAAUUUUGACCUAUCUCCUAACAAAACUCCUCCACCCAAACUUGACUUCUUUUUGCCCUUGUCUACAGCUGAAAAAAGAUUCCUGUUUUGCUGCCUACAUAGUUAUUCUUAAACUCCUAUCUAAUAAUUAACUCAAGACAAGGAGCUGUAAAUACACCUUGCAGGUCUGACUGCAAAGACAUAGGAGUUCUUCACAUCCUAUUUCUGGUGACAAUGCAAAGAUUCUAUAAAAAGAGCAGAGGAACUCAUGGUCACUCUUCUGGCACGUCCCAGACAGAAUUCUGCAUUCAUCAUUGCUCAACAGCUCCAAAGUAGAAAAGCUGAGAAAAGCCAUUGCCUGUCACAGGGAUGUGAAACCCAACUGGUUGUGUUCCCACAGCCCCUGUGGGGACAAAUUCAUUAAAAACUUUUACAGGUAGGGAAAAAUUUAAACACACCCACCACAUUUUCCCUGACAGCACUGUGCAAUUACAAGAUUUUUGAACGUAGUUUGUAAAAUUUUGAAGUAACAGCAAAAAUUUUUGCUUGCUGGAGCACUUAGGAUCAUUUCCUUGUUUUUGCUUUCUGCCUUGAGUAGAUUCAUGCUAUGUAAUAAACCGAGCAUGACACGAAGGUGUCAUUUACAACCCAAAUGCAGCUGCACAACCAUUUUCCUUUGCAAGCAGCAGAGCAGCAAUCACCUGAGAUACUCCACUGCUGCCAUGAAGUCACCUGUGAGCAACCCAGCUUUAGUAACACUCCGGUGUGUAAUUACUGCCUGUGUGUCAUCCCACUUUAGCAGCUCUGGAGUCAGGAGUUGUUGCCUGGCCAGUUUCUCCCUGUUCCUAAUUUCAGAUGGAGCAAACUCGGCACGGCCGCGGUUCCUCGGCGCUGCCCCGGCUCUGCUCCCCAGCUGAGCACACUGGAUGCCUGGAGCAGGCUGCUUUCGUGUUUUUGGGGUAGUCUGGAGCCUGGCUGUGGUUUUGCUCCUUUGGCAGAUGAGUUUUGGAUGCUGUCAGCGGGGCCUUGCUUUGGUUUUCAGCGCCCGGAUCCGUCCACGCCGACAUGGAGGUGCUGUGAGCAGGAAACAUGAUUAAAGAUAACAACGAAAUUGUUCCACUAAUGGGCAAGAAAACAAACCCGCCUGGAAAUCCCCCUGCAAACCAGCAAGAGAAAAAGGUGACUGAAGGCACUCCCACCAAGAAAAGUUCCCACUUUUUCCUGGAGAUUGAUGGUUUUGAAAGCAAUGCCAGUCCCAAUAACACCUCUCCCCCCGUGUUUUCCAAGCCCAUGGAUUCCAACAUUCGCCCGUGUGCAUCUGCAAAUGGGGAAGACAUGGAUUCCCCCCAGUCCCUUCAGGAUGAUGCCACUGAAUACAGCCCUAACGUGGACAGCUGUGGUGCUACCACGUGCCCGGGCCCUGAGCUGAGGAGUGCCAGGAAGAAGCUGAAGAGGAACCUGUUCCGGGCAGUGUCCGAGGGCAACGCCGAGGAGCUGCAGCGGCUGCUGGCCGAGCUCGGGGAGCGCGCGCGGGCCUGCACCUCCCUGCCCGUGCCAGAUUACCUGAUGAAGAAGUUCACGGCUUCAGACACUGGCAAAACUUGUCUGAUGAAAGCUCUGCUGAACAUCAACCAGAACACAAAUGAGAUAGUGAACAUGCUCCUGUCCUUUGCAGAGGAAAAUGGCAUUUUGGAGAGAUUUAUCAAUGCAGCAUACACAGAAGAGGCAUAUAAAGGCCAGACAGCUCUAAAUAUUGCCAUUGAGAGGAGACAGUAUGAAAUCACCCAGAGCCUCAUAGAGAAAGGAGCUGAUGUCAAUGCUCAUGCCCAGGGUAUUUUCUUUAAUCCCAAACACAAGCAUGAAGGCUUUUAUUUUGGUGAGACUGCACUGGCUUUGGCAGCAUGUACCAACCAGCCAGACAUAAUUGAGCUGUUGAUGGACAAUGCCAGGACCAAUAUUUCCUCUCAGGAUUCCAGAGGAAACAACAUCCUCCAUGCAUUAGUGACCGUGGCAGAGGACUCCAGAACACAGAAUGACUUUGUGAUCAGAAUGUAUGACAUGAUCCUGCUGAGAAGUAAAGACAGAAAUCUGGAAACAACCAAGAAUAAAGAGGGUUUGACACCGCUGCAAUUAGCUGCAAAAACUGGGAAAUUAGAGAUUCUGAAGUACAUCCUGAGCAGAGAGAUCAGAGAGAAGCCAAACAGGAGCCUGUCAAGAAAAUUCACAGACUGGGCUUAUGGUCCUGUUCAGUCUUCUCUGUAUGACCUGACAGAGCUGGACACCACUGCUGACAACUCAGUGCUGGAAAUCAUUGUCUAUAAUACAAAUAUUGGGAAUCGUCACGAGAUGCUGACUUUGGAGCCUCUGAACUCCCUGCUGAGGAUGAAGUGGAAGAAGUUUGCACGGCACAUGUUCUUCAUGUCCUGCUGUUUUUAUUUCCUGUACAAUGUAACAUUAACAUUGGUUUCCUACCACAGGCCCAAUGAAAAUGAAGCUCCUCCUUAUCCCCUGGCUCUGACCCGAGGUGUGGGGUGGCUGCAGUUGUCAGGACAGGUGAUGGUCAUGUUAGGAGCAAUAUUUUUAGCCAUAAAAGAGAGUGUGGCCAUCUUCCUGCUCAGGCCCUCAGACCUGCAGUCCAUUCUCUCUGAUGCCUGGUUCCACUUUGCAUUUUUUAUACAAGCUUUGCUUGUGAUCUUCUCUGUCUUUUUGUACUUGUUUUCCUACAAAGAACACCUGGUGUGUCUUGUUUUGGCAAUGGCCCUUGGCUGGGCCAAUAUGCUCUAUUUCACCAGAGGUUUCCAGUCCAUGGGCAUUUACAGUGUGAUGAUACAAAAGGUCAUCCUGCAAGAUGUGAUCAAGUUUUUAGUUGUGUACAUCGUGUUUUUGCUGGGAUUUGGUGUAGCUCUGGCUGCCCUGAUUGAGACGUGCCAGGAGGGUGGGGAAUGCCACUCCAACAGCAGCCUGGGGCCUGUCCUGAUGGAUCUGUUCAAGCUCACCCUGGGGCUGGGUGACCUGGAGAUCCAGCAGAACUCCAAGUACCCUGUCCUGUUCCUCCUGCUCCUCAUUACUUUCGUUGUGCUGACUUUUGUUCUUCUCUUGAACAUGCUGAUUGCAUUAAUGGGAGAAACCGUGGAGGAUAUUUCUAAGGAGAGUGAGCACAUCUGGAAACUUCAGAGAGCCAGGACUAUUUUGGAAUUUGAAAAAUUCUUACCAAAAUGCCUGAGGAAAAAAUUCCAGCUGGGAGAACGUUGUAAAGUGGCUGAAAAUGACACCAGGGUGUGUUUAAGGAUUAAUGAAGUGAAAUGGACCGAGUGGAAAACCCAUGUUUCAUUUAUUAAUGAAGAUCCAGGGCCAACAGAUCCAAGCAAAAUUCAAGAUAAUUCAAGAACUAAUAGCAAAAACACCCUGAAUACGUUUGAAGAAAUGGAUGAUUUGCCUGAAACUUCUGUUUAGUUGUGCUGUGCUUGACGUGUGGCUCCUCUGAAGGUUAAAAGCAUCAGCAGUGGAGGCUGAAAGCUUUGUGGCUGUUUUGGACAGCUGUAGCCAGCUGGAACACAAACUUUCAGUGACACAGUCUGAUGGCUUGCACCCAUUUAUUCAGAGCAGCUGAGCUGAAAUAAAUGGGAUUAUUUCACUGGGUCAGUUCUGAGCCUCUCAAACUGUUGCUGUCCAAGUUUGCCUGAUGCUCCUCAAACUUGGCUUGAGACGUUUAACUGGAUAAAAAAAGGUCAAAUGUGAGAUAUUUCUUCCUUUUGAGGAAAAUUAAGGUCAUCGUGAUCCCAAUGUGCUGGCUUUUGGAAUCCCUAACUCAUGAGAAACUCAUUUUGUAGACUGAAACAAAAAAGUUCUUGUUGUGGAGAAAAGCAAAGCAUUUCAGUUCUGAAGAUGACUAAAUGAAGUGUGUUGUUUUGAAGUCACAGGGUUCUGGGUACAUUUGCAGCUCUUGCAUUACUGUCAGUGUUACUGGGGGCUUGGUCCCAUCAGCUGGAAAAUCAGAUCCCACUGGCUCUGCCUGGUCUGUUUUCCUCUGUGCAGUCCCAGGCUGUAAUUGGAGUUUAUUGUUGUUUAUUUAUUACUGUGUGUCUGUGCCUCCUCAUCAACUAACAGGGCAGAAAUAGAAUUCCUGAUGGGGGAUUUUUGCUCCAGUCCCAACAUUAAUUUUCCUCCUUGGCUUUUUCCAUGCUGUUGUAUCUUCCUGCAUAAAGAGUUACCACACUGGAAGUUCUUCUGAUUUAAUUUUUGCAUUUAACCACUUCAGAAAAAUCAGAAGUCAAUAUUUCUUCCCCAGGUGAACAAAAUUAGUUCAAUGCAAUGCAAUUCCAGACUUUAUUUUUUAUUCAGAGGACUCUGUAAUGCAUUUCUGUGGUUCUUAUUUAAUUACCUGUGAUGACCAAGUACUAUGAAUUAUAUUUUUAGUUUUCUAUUUUAUGUGUGUACAUAUAAGGAGAAACAUUUGUUCUGUGUACUUUUAAAUUUCAAUUAACAUGUAUCUCCAGUGUCAUGGCUUUUCAUCAGAAUUAUUCAUGUGGUGCCUGUUUUAAAGGUGCUAUUUUAGGUGAGACUCAGGGGAACUCAGUUCUGUGUUUGAAUGAUAAUAAGAAUUGCAUUGGAUUUUGCAGCUGUGGGCAAAAUGAUCCAAAAGACUUUCUUAAGAAUGAAGAGAGCGUGAGGGAAGCCAGCAGUGGGAAGGAUAAUGCAAAAUAUUUGCAGGGAUGGUGAGCGUGGGUCCUGCUGCCCAACCGUCCCCUGAGAUUCCAACCACGGCCUGCAUGGAUGGAUGGGAUCCACAGGAACCUUGGGCUGUGUUCUGGGCACAGGAAUUGCAGGGGAAGGACAUUUGUGUCCCCACAGCCCACGUCACACCCCAGCACUGUUUGGCUUUCUCAGUAGGAGACGUGAGGAUGAGAAGAAAAGUUCCCGCGGUCUCGGAAUCUUUGAUUGUUGAUUUUGCACCAAAGCUGCCGAGGAAGGACAUUGCCUCAGGGCUGCUCAGCUCUGCUUGGAUCCUUUCUGUGCCAGUUUUUGUACAAAAGGAAAAAAAAAUACC